GUCCAUUGAUGGGUGGAAGUGGCCACUAAUCAAAUCAAUGAAUUUCGCGAAUUCAUAUACCUGUAAUAUUAAAGCAUAUCUAUUUUCUUUACCCGGGAUCCUACGGCUUCACAUAUAGAGUGAAAGUGGGCGUGAACAAACCCUUUACUUUGGUUGUUUUUUAUCAUAAAAACGCCUAUCACAGCGACUCUACAUUCAUUCUUUGUUAAAUUCAGACAGGUUAACAUCAGAAUAAACUGCUCGAGAAACAACUCAUUUGUGUAUAAAUCUAUUAAGAGUUUUCUUCGCAGAGGGACAAAAAUGGCAUCGAAUCUGUGCAUCGCUCUGAUCUUGGUUAUUACUUUGAUUGUCAGCACAAUGGCCCACGGUCCGGCACUCUACGUUACUGGCGAAAUUAUUGCGUGCCAAUCAACUGCAGGAGACUGUAGUACCUUUGGAACUCCAAACAACCCAGCGUUGUCAUGCCAACAUGUGAAGGAUGCGUGCCCCGAUGCUUCCAGUGAUUUCUACCAUAUCGAAUCAGCUGGCCUUUACCGAAAGGUGUUCUGCGAGAUGGACGUCGAGGGAGGUGGUUGGGCCCGCUACGGCCAGUCCAACCAGGGAACCGAAUGGAACUACGUCGAUGAAGACACCGUCGAGGUCACGCUCGACAUCAUUACCCCUUCCGAAGUCAAAGAGAUGAUGGAUCUUAAAUACAAUCAGUUCCUGGUCCAGACUGACGUUGCUUUCCAAAUGCGGGCCGAUGACAGCGUCAAUCCUUCUCGCCUCACCACCCGAUCUAUUCCUUGGCUUGAGGAUACACCUCUGUUCAUUCCUGAUUACGGCAACGACCAUACUCGUAUCGAAUUCCCAUCCGGCAGUGUUGAUCAAGUGACAUGCAUCCCAGGUGGUACCAGCAAGUGCGGACAGGGAGGGGGGCUACCACCAGCUAAUGGAAUAUCAGGGCGUUUCUUCUUCCAAAGGCUCUUCUUCUCACCCCGGGGUGCAGGUUCAUCUGCCCACAAUGACCAAUGGACUCGCAACAGAUACACCUGGAACGGAAGCUACUACUAUGUGUAUGCCAAGUAAAAGGUUUUGCUUUGUGGCAUUCUGACAAAGUUCAAGUGAAAUCUAUUGUUUGCUUCAUAUGUUGAAUCCUCAAAUUUACCUUAUGCACACCUAAAAGUAUGAUAUGCAAGGAUUACAAUUUCUGCUUCAUAUCACAACAUAUCAGCUGUAAUAUAAAUUUAAAACCUAUAUUGGAAACCCUUGAUUAAAAUUAACAUCACACUAUUUGAAGCCUUAAUGAAGUCAUCCAUCUAUCUAAAGUAUCUGAAUCUAAAUAU